AUCAGCCGAUCGAUCGAGCGACCAGGUCGAAUUGCUAAAUUCAUCAUCAAAUCAUCAGAUCAGCAUCGUAUCUUCUCGACUGUUGUCAAACUACAACCAUAUCCUCGAACGGUACCCAGUCGCCACCAGAUCUCACGUGUCUCGACCGGACUACUCGCGACUAGGGGAUUUGAGGAGUGACCGGCUCGCCGCACAAUGCCGUCUUUAAACUACGCUGCGCUCAACGGCUUGAUGGGUGAAUCAUACGACGCCCGACAGGACCCCUAUCAUGAACAGAACUAUAAUCCAGGCCUUCUGGAUCGUUACCGACAAGGAAGUUUACAUUACAAUCACCUACAAGAUAACGUCAUGGCGGAAGAACACGAUCUGAACACGAUGUUGCCACACAGUGACAGUUCUGCGAUGCCAGACGACUCGCCCACGCUUCGUCACCUGCAGUAUAGAAAUCAAAACCAGCAAUACCGGCAUCAGGCUGAUGGACGAUACGAUGUCGUGCCACAUUCCAAUCAAGCAGCGGCCUAUGAAGAGAGAGAAGCAUAUCCCUAUGAGCCCGAACCAAUUCAGGACUAUCCUUCUGACGAAUACGAACAAGUGAACCGUAACGGGAUGGAUUUGGAAGGGGAUGACGUUCAGGAUCCGCGCACGAUGCCCAUGCAAAGCAGAUACGGAUUCGAUGGCGGUCACAAUGGGCCGUCCACUUCGCACGACUAUACCUUACCUCCCAACAAUAACGGCAUGUCUCAGAUGACCGCGCAUGGCAUCGACCUGGUUCCGACGACCCGACUUCCCGAUUCUUUCAGGCGUAUCUUCCGGUUUCGCCAAUUCAAUGCGGUCCAAAGCAAAGUAUUUCCGAGCGUAUAUGGCACCGACGACAACCUGGUUGUCUCGUCCCCUACUGGGUCCGGGAAGACGGCCAUAUUUGAACUCGCUUUGCUACGUAUGAUCAAAUCGUGGUCCACACAGGACGAGAUGGAUCGGAAAGUUGCUGUUUACCUCGCACCUACAAAGGCCCUGUGUACCGAGCGAUACCAGGAUUGGAAAGAGAAGUUCCAGCCUUUAGGUCUCAAGUGCCUGGAAUAUACCGGAGAUACCGAUGGGACCAAGAGUUUCGCGGUCGAGUCUAGAAAUGUCGAUAUCAUCAUCACAACGCCGGAGAAAUGGGAUGCCGUGACUCGCGUUACAAGGCAUAGCGAUCAGAUCAUGCAGCGACUCGGCCUGUUGAUGAUCGACGAAGUCCACCUACUGCACGAAAGUCGGGGAGCAGUCCUGGAAGUCGUCGUUUCCCGUAUGCGCACUACCGCUCGAGCUUCGCCUGUCCGAGUGGUAGCUCUGAGCGCUACGGUUCCGAACGUUGAAGAUGUCGCCAGAUGGCUUCGUCCUCUGACCCCUUCCGGUACCGACAUCUACGAGGCAGGGGGGUCGGGCGGUGCUGCUGACCAGCGCGCAGCCUAUUUGGAUAUGAAGAUGGCCAAAGUCUACAAGUUCGGCGAAGCGUUCAGACCGACUCGUCUUGAGCGAUUUGUCGUAGGAUACAAUUCCGCGGGAAACGAUUUCGCUUUCGCGGCGCGCUUGAAAGCGGAACUGUAUGAUUGCUUGCUGAAACACGCCAAAAACAAACCGGUCCUUGUCUUUGCUGCAACUAGGAAAAGUUGUGAACAGAUCGCGGAGGAGCUGCUGAAACGUUACCAAGCAGACCGACAAAAUGGUCGACGAGUUCCCUGGAAGAUAUCAGGCUCCCCAAUCGAGGUUGCGAAUAGUAAAGAUGCAACGCUGGCGGGAGCAGGCAUCGCGUUUCAUCACGGUGGUCUCGAGCAGCUAGCUCGCAAACGGAUCGAAGACGGUUUCCGGUCGGGGCAGCUCAUGAUCAUCGUCUCGACUUCUACACUUGCGGUUGGAGUGAAUCUUCCCGCUCAUACGGUCGUUGUCGUUGGUACCAAAUGCUGGAUCAACGGAGGUAUGGAGGAAUACUCGGAUCUCGAUAUGCAACAAAUGAUUGGGAGGGCUGGAAGGCCGCAGUAUGAUACACAUGGACAGGUAGUGAUAAUGUGCGAGAAGCAACAUGAGCAAAAGUGGAAGGAUAGCGUCGAAUCGAAGACCAUUCUGGAGUCACGACUUCACGAAACACUCACCGAGCAUAUCAAUUCUGAAAUUAGUCUGCGGACUAUCCGGAGUCUCUCAGAUGGUCACCAAUGGAUUCAAAGCUCCUUUUUAUACGUCCGGAUACAACAAAACCCGAAACACUACGCGGCUGCUCUUGCGACGAAAGGAGAACACUCGAUGAAUUGGCAACAGGCUCUAGACGACUUUGUUAAUUCGGCGGUGGAACAGCUGUCCAAAGAUGGACUGGUCGAAACUGAUGAUGGUGCCGACGUGGUAGAAGACUACAACUUGAGAUCCGUCGCUUCAACGAAACUUGGAGAUGUGAUGAGCGCUUGCGUCCUAAGGCUACCGACUAUGCAAAAAAUUCUCGCAAUGCCUAAGAACGCAACCUUUGAGGAAUUACUCAGCUUGUUCUGCUCUUCGGCAGAGUUCUCCGAGAUUGCAUUUCGGCAAGCAGAGAAGACUCUUCUUCGCAAGAUCAACAAGGGCGAUGAAUUUCGCUUCCCGGCUCCUACUAAUCAGGCCUUUGAACACCAUCAUUGGGUUUCGAUGCUGAUGCAAACGUGUCUGGGAGCGAUUUGCUUGGAAGAUUAUCUCGACCAGAGCAAAGGUCAAAAGAUCAAUCUUACCAAGGAGUUGUAUCAAAUCUGGCGAUGCGCUCCUAGGAUCUGCAGAGCCAUCGCCUUUGUCGCUGGCACAAAAGAAUACGGAGGGGCCAUGCUUUCGGCUUUGGAACUGAUGAGGACAAUCAACGGAAAAGCUUGGGAAGACUCUACUGUAGUGUUGAGGCAGAUCGAUGCUAUAGGUCCCAAAUCGAUAAAGGUCCUAGCUUCCCAGAACAUCAAAGGUUUCGCGGACCUGCGCCGGCAAAGCGCUUCACGACUCGAGCUUCUGUUGAACAGACACCCCGGCUUCGGUAACAAGUUACUAGAAGCGGCGCAAGAUUUUCCGACUUUCCGUCUGCAGAUUCAGCAGGAGACUGAUACAUCGGAAGAGACCGUAGGACCGAUCAAGAUCGAGUUCAGCGUUGUGAUUGAAGUUGAAGGCCGAUUGAUCAAGAAAGGCGCGAAGAAAGGGGGCAAAAGCGGCCACCGGAACCUUUCUAUCGUUGCCAUCAGGUCCGAUGGAGAAUACGUUACAGAGUUUCAUACUAGUACGAAAAACUUCGAAACCGUGAACCGAUCGCUCAGGAUCCCAGCCGCCUUCACCGAGGAGGGACAAAAGCUUCUGGUGAUGGUAGGCAUUGAUCAAUUGGCAGGGUGUUCGAGCGUGCAAGAGUUUUCACCGGAGAUUCCGGAAGGAGUGCUCCCAAAGCCAGCUGUAAACGAAGCGGACUCGCUUCAAACCAGCUUGCCCAAUGUAUCUGCUGCAAAGCCUACGAAAAAGGCCGUAGACCCAGUCGCGAUGCAGAACAUGAAUGGCGAGUCCCCGUUGCUUGGGUCGAGCGCGCUUCGUCCAGCGGCUUACCUCGGGGUUUCCAGAGGAACAAGUCUUCGACACGUUCUACGAGGAUUCGCAGGGUGAAGAGCCCAGCGGCGACUCUGAAAGGCUGCCCAAUGGCAAUUACAAGUGCAAGCACAAAUGCAAGGCUGCUUGUCAGCAUGUCUGUUGCAAAGAAGGAGUCAAACCCAAGUCUCGCGCCAGAGCAAACCGUGCUCCAGCUGCUCCGGUAUGGCGAGAC